CUGCAGGGUCCUCAGGACUGGGUGGGGCUGCCUCACUUCUGCCUGACUUGGGAAGCGCUGCAAGCACAACCAACCGGCUGGGGUCCUUGCGUACCGCGGCUCUGGGAGGAGCACCGACUGCGCCGCGUAAGUGCUGCCUGCCCCGCGUGGGUCGUGCCGGCUCAGCGGGACAGGUCCUCGCCUCGGUCCCUCGGACGUCGGAAGCGCGGGACAGGUGAUCUCAAAAGCCCUCAGCACCAACAGGGGACAAAGCGCCGCAGGGUCUCUCUGUGUCAUCUAGGCUGGAGUGCAGUGGUGCGAUCGUGGCUCACUGGAGCCUUGACCUCCUGGGGCCCAAGUGACCCUCCCAGUUCAGCUCCCCAAAUAACUGGGAUCACAGACCCUGAGAGAUGGUUGGUGCCAUGUGGAAGGUGAUUGUUUCGCUGGUCCUGUUGACGCCUGGCCCCUGUGAUGGGCUGUUUCACUCCCUAUACAGAAGUGUUUCCAUGCCACCUAAGGGAGACUCAGGACAGCCAUUGUUUCUCACCCCUUACAUUGAAGCUGGGAAGAUCCAAAAAGGAAAAGAAUUGAGUUUGGUCAGUCCUUUCCUAGGACUGAACGUGAAGAGUUAUACCGGCUUCCUCACCGUGAAUAAGACUUACAACAGCAACCUCUUCUUCUGGUUCUUCCCGGCUCAGAUACAGCCAGAAGAUGCCCCAGUAGUUCUCUGGCUACAGGGUGGGCCAGGAGGUUCAUCCAUGUUUGGACUCUUUGUGGAACAUGGGCCUUAUGUUGUCACAAGUAACAUGACCUUGCGUGACAGAGACUUCCCCUGGACCACAACGCUCUCCAUGCUUUACAUUGACAAUCCAGUGGGCACAGGCUUCAGUUUUACUGAUGAUACCCACGGAUAUGCAGUCAAUGAGGACGACGUAGCACGGGAUUUAUACAGUGCACUAAUUCAGUUUUUCCAGAUAUUUCCCGAAUAUAAAGAUAAUGACUUUUAUGUCACUGGGGAGUCUUACGCAGGGAAAUAUGUGCCAGCCAUUGCACACCUCAUCCAUUCCCUCAACCCUGUGAAGGAGGAGAAGAUCAACCUGAAAGGAAUUGCUAUUGGAGAUGGAUAUUCUGAUCCUGAAUCAAUUAUAGGGGGCUAUGCAGCAUUCCUGUACCAAAUUGGCUUGUUGGAUGAGAAGCAGAAAAAGUACUUCCAGAAGCAGUGCGACGAAUGCAUAGAACACAUCAAGAAGCAGAACUGGUUUCAGGCCUUUGAAAUACUGGAUAAACUACUAGACGGCGACUUAACAAGUGAUCCUUCUUACUUCCAGAAUGUUACAGGAUGUAGUAAUUACUAUAACUUUUUGCGGUGCACGGAACCUGAGGAUCAGCUUUACUAUGUGAAACUUUUGUCACUCCCAGAGGUGAGACAAGCCAUCCACGUGGGAAAUCGGACUUUUAAUGAUGGAACUGUAGUUGAAAAGUACUUGCGAGAAGAUACAGUACAGUCAGUUAAGCCAUGGUUAACUGAAAUCAUGAAUAAUUAUAAGGUUCUGAUGUACAAUGGCCAACUGGACAUCAUCGUGGCAGCUACCCUGACAGAGCGCUCCUUGAUGGGCAUGGACUGGAAAGGAUCCCAGGAAUACAAGAAGGCAGAGAAAAAAGUUUGGAAGAUCUUUAAAUCUGACAAUGAAGUGGCUGGUUACGUCCGGCAAGUGGGUGACUUCCAUCAGGUAAUUAUUCGAGGUGGAGGACAUAUUUUACCCUAUGACCAGCCUCUGAGAGCUUUUGACAUGAUUAAUCGAUUCAUUUAUGGAAGAGGAUGGGAUCCUUAUGCUGGCUAAACUACCUUCCCAAAAGAGAACAUCAGAGGUUUUCACUGCUGAAAAGAAAAUUGUAAAAACAGAAAAUGUCAUAGGAAUAAGAAAAUUAUCUUUUCAUAUCUGCAAGAUUUUUUUCAUCAAUAAAAAGUAUCCUUGAAACAA